ACACUGUCAUCAAUGCACACAAAUCAGGUAUUUCGUGGUGCUGUUGUACAAUUAUCAAUUUAAACCAAAUUUAUUGUAUUAUUGCUUGAUAAUAUUUAUCCUCAUUGUUCUAUCAAACAUAGAAAGUGGUUCGUUAUCAGCCGGCUAAACAAAACAAAAGAAGCUACCUAAACUACUACAGCUGUUAUCGAAAUGGUGGCAAAUGUUGAAAUUCCUUAUGACGCGAAACAGCUUUCCAACGUGCGUGUAAAUCUUUCCUGCGUGGUCCGCUCGGUUGACCUGUUAACCUCAGCUCUUAUCAAACGCGUCACAGAUGCCGAAUUUCGGGAGUACACUCUGCAAGCACUAAAGCUAACCGAUUUAACUACACUCGCUGGCGAUGAUACAGAAUCCAAUGUGGCCCGUCUCUGCUUCCGGGCUGCGUACCCAUUUUCGGACCUUAAGGUCCAUGCUCAGAUGAAAGGAACAGUGCAUACCGCGGCCGUUUGUGUCUAUCCGAGCCGUGUAGCCGAUGCUCACCGGGCGCUUAAAGCACUAGGAAUGCUCGAUAGAAUUCAAAUUGCUUCCGUAGCGACAGGUUUCCCUUCUGGAUCGUAUCCACUCGAAACGCGUCUGAAGGAAAUACGCUUCGCAAUCGAGCAAGGAGCAACCGAGAUUGAUAUAGUGAUCGAUCGAAGCCUGGUGUUGACCGGAAAAUGGCAGGAAUUGUAUGAUGAAAUAGUCGCCAUGCGCAAGGCUUGUGGUGAUAAGGUUCACUUAAAGGCGAUCCUGGGCAUUGGAGAGUGUGGUACAAUGGUUAAUGUUUAUAAAGCCUCCAUGGUGGCAAUGAUGGCUGGAUCAGAUUUUAUCAAAACAUCCACCGGUAAGGAGGCAGUUAACGCAACACUUCCGGUCGGACUGGUUAUGAUUCGUGCCAUUCAGAAGUUCUAUCGUCUCACGGGCAAGAAGAUUGGUCUGAAGCCUGCCGGUGGCGUAAGAACGGUUCGGGAUGCGAUCGCGUGGAUGAUCAUGAUACGGGAAACGCUCGGCGAAGAGUGGCUGAAGCCGGAGCUGUUCCGGUUCGGUGCAUCCGGUUUGCUGGAUGAUAUCGAAAAGCAAUUCUAUGCCAUUUCGAAACGAUUAUAAGCAUGGAAAGUCUCGCUGGCAAAAGAUGAAAUGUUACAAAGAGUUUAAAAAAGCGACACGUUCACAUUCCUACCUCUGUAAUUCAAUAAUACACAAAAAAAUAGAUAUUGUUCUUGUUUUCUAACAA